UCGAUUCCAACUUACAGAUUUGGACUGCAGAAAUUUUAGAGAAGCGAAUCCCUUUUUUUACCCAUCGCUGGGCAGCCGAUUCUUCGACUCUCCGGUGGAUCUCUGUUUCUCUCUCCCCACCAGGGAACCCUUUGAUCGUUCUCUGUCCAUACAUCUAUUUCCAUUGCUCCAACUUUCAAUUCUCGAAUCAAUUGUCUUUACUAAUUCCUCGCUACCUCUCUUCGUUACUGUUUGGAAGAUGGACAACGAAAUACAGGUUGAUUCGGAUCACCAGUCGAUGAUGAUCGAAGGUGGGAUGCGAAUUGAUCCAAGGAGGGAACGGUUUCCAUGCUGCAUUGUUUGGACAUCUCUACCUGUUAUUUCAUGGUUGAUUCCUUUCGUUGGCCACAUUGGCAUUUGCAGGGAAGAUGGAGUUAUUCUAGAUUUUGCAGGUCCUAAUUGCGUCUCUGUUGAUGAUUUCGCCUUUGGGGCAGUAGCUCGCUAUGUCCAGAUUAACAAAGAUAAGGAAUGCUGCAUUUCCUCUCAUUCAUCAGCACCGCAAGGAGAUCAAGAAUACCAGUAUGAUGACCUGAGAAGAGGAGCAUUAACAUGGGAUGAGGCACUAGAAAAAGGCAUGUUAGAGUUCCAGCAGCGCACGUACAGCCUUUUCACUUGCAAUUGCCAUUCAUUUGUAGCAAACAACCUGAACAGGUUAGGCUUUCGUUCGGGUGGGUGGAAUGUAGUAAAUAUUGCAGUUCUCAUCUUCCUCAAAGGUCGAUGGUUGAGCAAAGCAGCAGCUGUGCGAUCCUACUUGCCAUUUGUUGUAGUAUCCGGUCUAGGAUUUGCAUUUGGUGGCACUACAUACUUGUCUUUCUUGGCCCUCUUUGCAUUCCUUCUUGUUGGUUGGUUCCUUCUUGGUACUUACUGUUUCAAGAAUUUAAUCUAUUCGUAGCUUCUACCAAAAAUCAAUACCAAAGAAUG